GGAGAGGAUCGUUGGCUGUGCACCCUGCUGCUUCAGCGCGGGUACCGGGUGGAGUACUCGGCCGCGAGCGACGCGUACACGCACUGCCCCGAGGGCUUCUCCGAGUUCUACAACCAGCGGCGCCGCUGGGUGCCCUCCACCAUGGCGAACAUCAUGGACCUCCUCAUGGACUACAAGCACACGAUCAAGAUCAACGACAACAUCUCGUUCCCGUACAUUUGCUAUCAGUUCAUGUUGAUGAUGGGGACGAUCCUGGGGCCCGGGACCAUCUUUCUCAUGUUGGUGGGGGCGUUCGUGGCCGCCUUCAGGAUCGACAACUGGACCUCGUUCUAUGCCAACAUUGUGCCGAUCCUUUUCUUCAUGGUCAUCUGCUUCCUCGCCAAGUCCAAACAUCAGGUGAUCGUGGCGCAGAUCAUGUCUGCGGCCUACGCCUUGGUCAUGAUGGCCGUGAUCGUGGGCACGGCCCUGCAACUGGGCGAGGACGGGAUCGGGUCCCCGUCGGCCUUCUUCUUGAUCACGCUGUCGGGGAGCUUCUUCAUCGCGGCGGUGCUGCACCCGCAGGAGUUCUGGUGCAUCGUGCCGGGGAUGCUGUACCUCCUGUCCAUUCCGUCCAUGUACCUGCUGCUCAUGAUCUACUCGCUGGUGAACCUGAACAACGUGUCGUGGGGGACCAGAGAAGUGCAGACGAAGAAGUCCAAGAAGGAACUGGAGCAAGAGAGGAAAGAAGCGGAGGAAGCGAGGAAACGUCAGAGGCAGAACGCUCUGCUGGGGAUCCUGAACCGGAACGGGGCGGACGACGAGGAAGGCUCCAUCGAGUUCUCCCUGGCCGGGCUCUUCAAGAUCAUCUGCUGCACUUAUCCGAAGCAGAUCGACGAGAAGCAGCAGCUCCUGCGCAUCGCGGACAGCCUGGAGGGGAUGAGCAAGCGGUUGGACCUCAUCGAGAAGACUGUGGAUCCUCACGGUUUGGGACGGAAGAGAAGCUUUUCUCGGACGUCAGUCCGGGGGCCAGCGAGCGAGACCCUGGGGACCGUCGCCGAGGGAGAGAACGAGGAAGACUUCUUCGACGACAACGUCACCGAGACGGAAAGCGUACGCAUCGUUCCCAAGGUGGAUCGGGACGAUCUGAUCAAUCCCUUCUGGGUCGAGGACCCAGCCCUGAAGAGAGGAGAGAUGGAAUAUCUGCCGGGUAGCGAGCUCGCCUUCUGGAAGGACCUCAUCGAGAAAUACCUCUUCCCCAUGGAGCUCAGCAAAGAGCGCAAGGCCGAAAUAGCAGGGGAGCUGAGCGAGUUGCGGACUCGCUCCGUGUUCUUCUUCUCCAUGACCAAUGCCACGUUCAUUAUCGUUGUAUUCCUCCUGCAGUUGAACAAGGAAGCCCUGCACGUAAAGUGGCCCUUCGGGGUCAAGACUAACAUCACGUUCGUGGAGGAGCUCGACGAGGCGCAAAUCACGGACGACUUAAAGGAGUUGCGCACUAAGUCCGUCACCGCCUUCUUCAUGUUCAAUGCCCUGUUCAUUCUGGUAGUGUUCUUACUCCAGUUAAACAAAGACCAGCUACACAUUGAUUGGCCGUUCGGCGUUCGCACCAACAUCACCUACAUAGAAGAGACCUCGGAGUGGCGGAUCUCGAAGGAAUACUUGCAGCUGGAGCCAAUCGGCUUGGUAUUCGUGUUCUUCUUCGCGCUCAUUCUGUUCAUUCAGUUCAUAGCGAUGUUGUUCCAUCGCUUCGGGACCAUCUCGCACAUCCUCGCGUCCACGGAGCUCACGUGCUGCAGCAAGAAGGUGGACGAUGUGAGCGAGGACGCGUUCAUCGACAAGAACGCGGUGGCGAUCGCGAGGAACCUGCAGCGGCUCCGCGGGCUGGACGGCGACUACGAGAGCGACACGGGGUCGUCGAACGACCGGCUGGGUCGACGGAAGACGAUCCACAACCUGGAGAGGCAGAGGAAGCGGAGCCGCCAGAUCGGGACGUUGGACGUGGCGUUCAAGAAGCGGUUCUUCUCGAUUGCGGCGGAGGGGGGGCCGGAUAAUCCGCUUGGGACGCCGAUUCUCAGUAACAUGAGGAAGUUGUCGAUGCGUCGCGAGACCAUCAAGGCGUUGGAGGUGAGAAGGAACACCGUCAUGGGGGAAAGGGCCGAGAAGAAGAAGAUGGAAACUCUGGGAGCAAAGAAAGGCGAGGCGAUGAAGGCGAAGCUGGCCAAGGCGGGACUGAUCCAAGGUCUGAACGGGAACCUGCCGUUGGCGGCGGCGAACCCGUACGGCGUCACCAACCGGGCGUUCGACGACGCGGACGAGGACCCGGGAAGGUCGAGGGGCAGCCUGAAGAUGGCGGCACUGUCGUCGAGUCGCAACUCGCUCGCGAGGAAUUCCCUCUCGCAGUCCAGACAGGAUCGGCUCAACAGUCCCCUUUAGGGCCUCGGUUUGCGAGAGGUGCCUUUACGCUUACACGUGCUUUCCCGAAUUUCCCGAGCGGCUCCUUCGCGAGUCGAGAGUCGGACCGCGAAGUCGAGCCGCUCGGCAGUACCCGAAAUACUCCCACGAAACCUGCUUGCGAGUUGCAAGGUCGACUGCGAUCGUGUCUCCUGUCUUUCUUUCUUUCCCCCCUGUCCCCUUUUGUUUCUUUAUAUCCGUGCAUUUAUUUCUUCGUUUGCCUCUCGCUGUGUCUGCGGUCUCGUUCGAUUUUGUGCAUUUUUGACCUCGUAGUGUUUUGGACUCCGUGAA